AUGUUCCACGUUCGCGAAAUACAGCCAACUGACCUACCACAAGUCUAUGAAUUCACCUUAAGUUUGCUUCGUCACCAUCCUAAACAAUGCACUAGUUAUUUGGACUCUAAUAGACUGGCCGAUCUUUUCCUAGAGGGUUAUCUCCGUGGAUUAUUAUUGGUUAAAGUAGAGGAUGCGCCGGUACCAACUGGGUGUCUGGAUGUUGGUAUGGAUGGGAAGAUCCAACGACCUAUCGGCUGCAUGAUAUUUCAUCCCGACUUCUCACCUCUUCAUGGCGGUCGCGGAGUAUACCUAGAUCAGUUCUACAUCGAACCACCAUUUCGCCGCAUUGGUCUUGGCCGAAAGAUGAUGAUCGAGUUGUGCCACUAUGUACUUGCAUCCAAUGGGACUUACAUCAAACUCACAUACCAAAACGGACUGGGCUUGGAUCCCGUGUACGAGAACAUGGGCUUUAUCAAUCUUUCCAGACAAUAUCCUGGCCUUCAUUUAUUCGAAUCCUAUGGAAAAUUAAGACUUGAAUCCUUUUUUGAAAGAGGAAGGGAGCUGGCUAAUCAACCAAUCCACACAUCUCACAGACCGAUCCACCGUCUAAUCUUGACCGUCCCGCUAUCCUACCCAGUCUCGGAGGACGAGUGUGGGAUCCCUGCUUGGCACCCAAUCUCGACGCGUUUGCCACCUCGGCCUAACUUCACUUCAUUUGGCCCUCCACCAGCCAGGCUUGUGAUUGUAAAGGAGGAGACACCACCCAAUUCCCAUUCUUCCUCUACUACUCCUCCUGACUGCUUGACAAGUAUUGGAACCAAAUUCUGCAUGUUCGUUGAACAAUGUUCGGUCUGCAGCUGGCUCGGUCCUAUGGUGACAUUUUCCGACUUCGUCGGUGACACUACUGUCUUGGACUCAGAACUUUUUACUCAUCGCGUCCGAAGUUGGACAGAGUUAUCGGAUAAAAUCAGCGGCGCAGUGUGGGAGGUUUCCGUCGGACCUAUUCCUAACACCAGUGAGCCAGAAGCUCAACCGUGUUCGUUCAAUCAUGCGCCUCUGGCUUCAAUCCUGAGUAGCCUGAAUGUUCCGGAUGACACUUCUCAGGAAGGCUGGAAUAUAGCGUUCUUGGAUGCAACUGGAAUUCGAAAUCUAAUAGAAUCUCGAACUCGGAAUGAUGAGCAAAAGCGUCGCUUGGACUAA